UAAGGGUUAAUAGCUGCGAUGGCCCCGCCCCAUGGGAAAGUUACUCCCAGAAGUCUCCGCUGGUUCCUUGUUCCUCUGUAAACAAACAAAGACAGAUUCAUGGCUGCAGGGGGCCUUCAAAGCUCCACACGAGGUCCUAAGUUCCCGGAGAGAUGGGUCGACUGGAUGACCAUGCGAAGCACAGAAUUGUGGUGCUGAGGAAAGCCGGCCUCAGUUUCCGCAAGAUCAAGAAGGUCCUGGAACUUGACAAUAUCGAGGUGACCCCACAAGCCAUCUACCUCUUCUUGAAACGUAAGAAGAUCGAACCAGAAAAGUCACCCAGCGCCUCCCAGAACCCCCCUGCAAAAGGACAAGGUUGGGAGCAGACCCAGCUUUGCAACUUGUUACAGGAGAAAGGCGGGCAGAAGAAGGAUGGAGGCAAUCACGUGUGCAAGGAGAGACAGGCGGCAAGUGAUGUGAAGGAAGAGAGUCAAGAAACAGAGAUUAAAAUUGUCAACGUGACUUCUCUCUCCAGUGUCAACCAGUCACUUGCUCCACCGAUAAGCACUUCAAGGAGUAUCCCCCAAAGACACACUGUGCAGGAGACACAACCCUGCCCUGUCCGUUCUGCCCAGAAUCCCAUCGUGAACGGACCGCAACCCAACCCUGCCCAACCAGCGUCUCACCAUCCUCUAAAUGGAAGAGCCAGGACACCUUUGCCCGUACCUAAGAACCCGGCACUGCUCGUCUCCAAGAAGAUUGUGGACAGAGCCAUCAACUUACAGAAGAAGGUCAUCUUCCAAAAUGGCCUUCAGCUCUUGAUCAAUGGAGGAUAUUACCCACUUACUACACUGCCCAUCAACCAGCAGGCUGUAAGACCAGUGGCUCCACCCGCUCCUCAGGCGAAAGAUGCCACCACACAGACAGCCCCCUUCCCUCCACCCAGGACAGAAGUUAGUACAGAACAACUGGACUCUAUAAGGGGGGAGCUCCACAGACUGACACAGGUCAUGCAGUCUCUGAUUGACAGGCAGAAUCGUUGGGAACAAGAACAGAUGAGGCAAAGACAAUGUCAUCACCAAGAGGUGCUGUCUCAGAUCCAACAACUAGGAGCAACCCUGGGAGCAAAGAUUACUCAGAACUGUGGCCCUUUCACAGGCAGCCAGGAGCUCGAAGCAGCUCUUCCUGAUCUAGGACAUUUCAAGAUGGAGCUGUAAAAGGAACAGGCACGGGGCUGAAGCCAAGCUGAGAACUGCUUCCUGCAGCUGAAAACAGACAAUGACGGCAACCCUUGAGGGGAGACACUGUGUUUUAUAUUACACUGUAACUUCCUAACUGGAAUACACAGGGGUGUUGUUAAAGAUGGAAUGAAAAGUAGGGGCAGAUCUAUGAAAGUGUCGGGUCUUCCAACCAGCACUUCCACUACAGAGGGUCCUCACGGACACAAAGACAUAUACUUCAUGCUUGUCAUUUACCCUGCACUACAGUAGCCUAGGGAGGUCAUGGUGAAAA